AUGGCAGCGCGUCCCCUGCGCUCGGCCACGGCCAUAGAGCAAUAUGCCAGCAUGACAUCAAGUCAGGCGAUUGUCGCUUCCGAGCCAGGCCCUGAGCACCACGGCGGAGACAACUGGGAGAUGACCGAUAUCAGGGUACCGACCGAGCUCAAGGACGGCGAGAUCCUGGUCGAAAUGGUGGCUUCCGGCAUCUGUCAUACUGACAUUGCUUUGACGAAUCCUCAUAUGGGGCAGACGUUUCCUAUGGUUGCUGGGCAUGAAGGUUCCGGAUAUGUCAAAGCCGUAGGACCGAAUGUCACAAAGCCAGUCAAGCCAGGCGAUCCAGUGCUAUUAUCCUUCGACAGCUGCAGCAACUGCAAAGAAUGCCACUCGAAACGACCUGCUUACUGCGACACAUUUGCCCCCAUGAAUUUGUUUGGCGAGUCAGAUGUGUUCAAAGGAAGUGCUGAAACGCAAUCGAUUGGCGCGAAAUUUUUCGGGCAUUCUAGCUUUGCGAAGCUCAGCAUUGUCAAGGAAACUACUGUGCUCCCCGUAACAGGCUUGAUCAAGAACGACGACGAGCUGAAGCUGUUUGCCCCACUUGGGUGCGGGAUCCAGACUGGUGCUGGAGCUAUCUUGAACUUGACGAAGCCAGGGCCGGAUGAUAUUGUUAUGGUCUGUGGACUUGGAGGUGUUGGGCUGAGUGCUGUGAUGGGCGCACAUAUUGCUGGCUGCAAGCAGAUCAUCGCAGUCGACAAGAAUCAGGCUCGCAUCGAUAUUGCGAUAGCUCAGUUCGGCGCAACACAUGGACUGAACACGAGUGGUCUCGAAGACCUCACUGCUGCCAUGAAGCAUAUCGCUGGAGGUCGUGGACCAAAUAUAGUGGUCGAGACAACCGGCUUCCCUUUGGUACUCGAAAGCGCCUACUACGCAACAGAUACACGAGGUGCAUACGUACAAGUUGGCGGACCAACAAAGCCAGACUACAGAUUCGCCUUGGAUCUUGUCCAGCAUCUCUUCCGUGGUGUCAAGUUAUGGGGCUGUGUCGAAGGCGAUAGCUUCCCAGGAGAAUUCAUCCCGCAACUCAUACAGUACUAUAGAGAAGGAAAGUUACCGGUGGACAAGAUGGUGAAGUACUAUGAUGCCAAGGACUUUAAGAAGGCCUUACAUGACAUGCACGCAGGCGAGACGAUCAAGCCGGUUCUCGUGUGGUAG